CUGGAAUCUGCAUACAUUAUCCUGUUUACGGUCAAAUUAGGAUGAAGCGCGCGGGUUCCUCAAGUCGCGAAGCGGACUUGUCACCUCGACUACGAUCUCCUCGUCUCUCUGAUUCUCUCGAGAUGGGCGCCGAUCCUCAUGAGCGGGUUAUUCCGAUUACCACCGAUUCUCGGACAUUCGAACAAAAGAAGAAGGAUUUGAUGACAGAUUUGAACAAGAAAAACCGUACGGCGACAAACGCGGAGAAGGUUGUGUCCCCCAAAACGAUGAACGAGGCCAACGGUCAACUCAGGCGUAGUGACUGGGCAGAUGAGAUUGACCACUGGCUUGGUGAGACGUAUAAACGCUGGAAUGAUUACAUGCGGCGUAUGGAGAGGGACACCUUUUUUCUGGUGCCUACCACUGAUUUCGACUUGGAGCCGUUUGUUCCACUGGGGUCGUUCGGUCACAUCCCUUCAAUACUUCAACGCAUGGAACGACAGUUAGAGGCUGCGAAUCGUUAUAUGGACAACUUGCCCAUGCUGACUGAGCAUGGAGAAUGGGGCUCGAUUGUUCCGUCAUACGCGCGCACAGAUGGCCCACUCGACUUCCUUAAGGACGCAUACGAAGUUGGUGAGGAUGGGAAGUUACAUUUCAAACUAAAGUUUAAUGUGAAGGGAUUCGGACCGAAAGAUAUCAAGGUGUCGACGUCAAAGAACUGGCUUACUGUGCACGGAAAGAAGAGCAGUAAAACGAGUUCUUCUUCUAGCUCUUCUGAGUUCUGCCGCACAAUCUACUUACCGGAACCGGUGGACGAUGGUCAGUUUCAGUGCCACUUGACAUCAGACGGUAUCCUGAUGUUAGAAGCUCCUGUGAAGACGCCAGACUACGAAUCGUUAACUUUUAAUCAUGAGCCUCAGCUGGCAGUGAAGCCAACCACGGACAAAUCAUUGGCUUUGCAGGUUACCGGUGUUACUGGACCGACAGUGCUGAAGGAUGGCGCUACGGGACAGAAAUUGCAUGUCGAGGUCCCGAUCGAACCCGGUUUCACAGCGGACGACUUGAAUGUGCGUAUCGACGCGAACCGUGUUGUAGUGUCCGGACGGAAGCAUGUGGAAGAAGGGUCCGGUUCAUCACAUUGCAGCCACACAAAGGAGUUCCAUCGGGCAUAUACGAUUCCGGAGACGGUGGAUCCGCUGUCUUUGGUUACGCAGCUUCAGGGUGAAACAUUGGUCGUGGAGGCUCCGAUGGUGAAGGGGGGAGGGGUGGGGGGGGGGGGAGGGGGUGGGGGGGGGUGGGGGGGGUGGGGGGGGGGGGGGGGGGGGGGGUGGGGGGGUGGGGGGGGGGGGGGUGGGGGGGGGUGGGGGGGGGGGGUGGGGGGGGGGGUGGGGGGUGGGGGGGGGGGGGGGGGGGGGGUGGGGGGGGGGGGGGGGUGGGGUGGGGGGGGGGGGGUGGGGGGUGGGGGGGGGGGGGGGGUGGGGGGGGUGGGGGGGGGGGGGGGGGGUGGGGGGGGGGGGGGGGGGGUGGGGGGGUGGGGGGGGGGGGGUGGGGGGGGGGGGGGGGGGGGGGGGGGGGGGGGGUGGGGGGGGGGGGGGUGGGGGGGGGGGGGGUGGGGGGGGUGGGGGGGGGGUGGGGUGGGGGGGGGGGGGGGGGGGGGGGGGGGGGGUGGGUGGGUGGGUUGUGUGGGGGGGGGUGUGAGUUGUACGGCGGGGGCAGGGGCGCUGAGAAGAUGUGGGGGGGGGGGAAGGGAUGCGGCGGUAAUUGGGGGGGGUGACAUGGGAGGGGUAAGUGAGCAACAUGGAGCGAGCAGAGUGGGUAGGAAUGGGAACUGGGGGAUGGCCGUGGGGGGGGGGGGUUUUGUUACUUUUUUUUGUAUCAUGACUAGCCAUUAUUUGUUGAUUAAUUUUGGCACUUUUCUAAUCGUUACUUUUCAUUGUUCUUCAUUUCUUUCAAUAGUAGGUGUUUUUUUUUUCUGGGCGGCGGCAGCCGAUGGCGGGGAUGCGGGGGUAGCAUGGUGGGUGGGUCGGCGUGCCGGGGGCGGGUGCCAUGCGCGUGUCCGCGGGCCGGGGGGGGGGGUGCAUGAUGGGGGGAGGGGCGUGGGCUGGGGGGAGAAUGAGGAGUUUCUGAUGAUCGGUGCACAUCGAUUCCGUAUCGUGGGUUGCGAGCGAAGUCACGUGGUCACAUCACGCGCAUCGCAGACAUUCAACGUCGGACGCGUGUUACAGACACCAAUAUGUGGUUCAUUUGGCUAUGUCCUUAAAUGGGGUCAAGGAGAGCGGCCACCUCACUGGCUGUAUGUGAGAUGUGGCGAGAUCUCUCAGGCAGUCUGGGCUUACGUCCUAUUUAGCGCCACCCAACGUCUCACUGGGUCUUCGCGCAAUUAG